GAGCAACAGAGAUGAGAGAAUCGUAUGUUGCAGUGUCUCAGUUGCAUUCUGCUUCUAACAUGUCAAAAUACUAGGCUACAUAAUAUGAAAACAAUAAUUUAUUUGUGAAUUUUUCUCAGUUAUUGGUUUAUUUGUAUGUGAUUGUUUAUCCAGUGUUUAAUUCGUAAAAUUUACUGUAAUGAUGCAAAUGAAGUGAUAAAUUACAACCUGUCAAAGGAAAAUAAUGCGCCAUGAUUACAGUACGAACUCUUGUUGCUUGAGUUCGAAAGUUUCAUAUUUACUAAAAUUAUUAGACUUUGUAGAAAACAUUUCAACAGUUAUCAAAUUCAAUGUUGGCUUUGGAACUAAGUUAUCAUUCAAUUUCAAUUGUUUGCUCGUAGAAGCGUUUCAAACAGGUGUCAGGAGGAAGGAGUUACUGAAAGAAAAUGUAAAUCAUCACAAAGAUCGUAAUCGUAAAAAAAAAAUUACAACAAAGGUGCCAAGAAUGUCAUCUGAAUCUAGAAGUGGAGAGUUUCCCAAUAACAACCAACCGGAUGUGAUUGGUAAACCUCUUUAUGAAUCGAAUUGUGAUGCCAAUAAACUCGGGUACUAUCAGCCGACAAAAAGUGAGAACAAGUGUGAUAGUGACUAUGUGAGAAAUGUGAGUGCAAAUGGCAAUGUGACCGUUGGCCGGGUGGCCCCUCCCCCUCUGGCAACGCCAAUCAAUAGGGUGCCUCAAACUUUAAAGAAUAGUUUUAGUUCAGAAACAAUUAUGAGCAAUAAUAGUGCACUUACAAGUAGCCAUGUAAAUGUCAAAGAAAUGUGUAUGGACGUCGAGCUUGCCAGUAACAAGCCAAGGCCAGAUUCAUGUGUUGAUAAAUGUAAGGAUUCAAGUACAAAACCAACGAAUGCCAGUGAUGACAAAUCUCAUCAUAAAACAGAUCCUGGAUCCCAUUCCAGAGAGACAGGCAAAUCCAACAAAGAAGCUGAUAUUCGUUCAAAAUCCCAAAACUCGCAUUCAUCUAUUUCUUCACAAAGUAAUUGCAAGACGCCAUAUUCUGUCCCAUCUACUACAAAUGGUAAUGUCCUACAAAACAUCAGCAGCAGCACUAGCAACGGACAAGCUGAUAACAAAUCAAAACAUUACCACUCUGAUAAAUCCAACCAAUCUAAGGAUAAGCACAAGAGACAUGCUACCAGCUCACAAUCAUCGAGGCAUCACUACAGCAGCAGCCACAGCACUCACAAUAAGAGUUCGUCGUCUUCCUCAUCUGCUUACAAGAAACACGAACCAAGCGACCAAAGAUCUGAACAUGACAAACAGAAAAGGCCGUAUGAUUCUCAUGUGGACAGAAAUUCUCUCUCACACAAUAAUAAAUCAUCGCGCGAUUCAAGCAGCAAAGAUAAGUCGCGGGAGGUGAGUAAUGGGGAAAAAUCUCGCGAUUCAAGCAGCAAAGAUAAGUCGCGAGAAGUGAGUAAUGGGGAAAAAUCUCGCGAUUCUAGAGACAAAAUCCGUGAAUCGAACGACAAGGACAAAUCAUCGCGUGACUCUCAUGACAAGAAGCCUUUUUGUCACAAGUGUUACAAGAGAUCAAAGAAUAAGAAGGCUAGUAUUGGUGUGCAGUGCAGGAGGGACAAAAGCUUGGCAAAAUACGUCACUCAUCAACGCAGUUCUGACAGUGACAGCAAGAAAGAGAAGAUUUUUCAACAGCUGAAGCAUUACACCAGUAAGCUGCCGAAACCCAUGCCCAAGUCUGAGUUUGGUCUUGAAGAAUUGAAGUAUGGCAAGUACAUCAGUAUUGAAACCUAUCCCAACGGCGGUGCUUCAGUUGUUCACAUGUAUCAAGAUGAGAUUCAGUCAUUGUCCACUCAAGAAAUGGAUGAGUUAGCGUCUGAGUAUUUCAAGGUUGUUUUUGCCGAGGAUGAGAGAGGAUUCGCUCACCAUGUUAUGGGCAUUGUACAUGACUCAGCUAAAUAUCUUCCUGAUUUGUUGGAUUAUAUGGCAGAGCAUUAUCCAACUCUCACUGUCAAGAAUGGCAUACUUGGUAGAAACUCCGAUAUAGAAACUACCAUCAUGGCAAACUACAAAGAACAGGUAUACAAAACUUGCUGCCAUGGUACCGUACGACACGGUCCUUUACAUCAGAUAAGUCUUGUUGGAACAGUCCACGAGGAAGUUGGAGGCUAUUUCCCUGACCUUCUUGCGAGGCUAGAAGCCAACCCUUUCCUCAGAAUGACUAUGCCGUGGGGUCCGCUUUCCGUUGUUCAGAUGGAAACACCACAGGAAUCCAACGAUGGUCCCAUUCUUUGGAUCCGACCUGGAGAACAGUUGGUUCCCACAGCUGACAUGAAUAAAUCACCCUACAAGAGAAGAAGAACUGGGAUCAAUGAGCUUCGAAACCUUCAGUAUUUACCUCGUUUGUCUGAAGCUAGAGAAUACAUGUUUGAGGACCGAACUAAAGCUCACGCUGAUCAUGUUGGUCAUGGCUUGGAUCGCAUGACCACUGCAGCUGUUGGUGUUCUGAAAGCUGUGAAUGGUGGUAAAGAGUAUGAUUUCAAUCGAAUCACAAAGGAUGUGGUGGCGUUCUAUGCUGCCGAUUUUUUCGAACUUGUUGAAAAAUUGCAACUUGAUCUCCACGAACCUCCAAUCUCACAGUGUGUCCAAUGGAUCGAGGAUGCAAAAUUAAAUCAGCUGAGGAGAGAGGGAAUCAAGUACGCUCGAAUUCAACUUUGUGACAACGAUAUCUACUUCUUACCUCGCAAUAUCAUUCAUCAGUUCAGGACAGUCUCAGCUGUUACAAGCAUAGCAUGGCACGUGCGGCUGAAAAUGUACUAUCAAGAAGAUCAUCAACACCUACGGAAUCUUUCCCGCGUGGUUCCAACAGCAACUGUACAGCAUUUGUACAAAGAAAAAAAGCCAAUUAUGCCUGGUUCGCCUGUCACUCUAUCUGACAACAAACGAAGAAUCAGGAAGAACAGUGACGUGGAUAGUCCGAGAGAGAAGAAACGGAUGAAGUCGGAAGAAAGAUCGACCGACUACGCUGCAACUGAAAAAUCAAGUGAAACAGCUCUUUUGGUUCAAGACAAAGAACUGAAGCCGGAAAAGAAUGAAGACAAGCAGGUAGGAGUGCUUACUGAAAUGAAAUUUGAUACUUAUCACUUUCAGAAAAUGCAAGCUGAUGUCAAAGUUGAAGAUAUUAGCUGCGCUUCUCCCACUCAAGAUGAGCUCAAUAAUGUACAAAUUGUUGAAGACAUCAAAAUCGAAAAUAUAGGACAGAUGUUUGUGGAAGAUGAGUGUAUCCGCUUACAAACAAGGUUGCCUAUAAUUAAAGAGGAAGAGGGUGUUCUGAUUGAAGUGAAGGAUAACGUUGCAGCUGCUGCCAAAGAGGAAACUCAGUCUACUCUUUAAAUUUUAGCUAUUUCAUUAUGUUAAUUAUUUUGUUGUAUUGGUGUAAAAAUCUAAUUUUCUAUUUUUUAUAUGUUCUUGUAUAUUAUUGUUCUUGUGUAGUUAUGUUUUGUACAAUAUUAGUUUUCUAUUAUAUAGCCUAGAUUAUUUUUGCGAUAGAACUAACUAUAAAACAACUGUUCAGCAGAAAGCUCUUAUAACCUCCAAAUGAAUCGUCGAUUUUCAUGUUUACUCAAAUAAUUGGCUUGAUAACACGUAUGUAUCACCAUUUUGUUUGGCUUUAUCAGAUACAAUAUUCAAUGAAGGUUAAAUGUUAGAUAAUCAGAAUCAGAAGCUAAACCCUAUGGUGAAACAGCUGUCUCAUAGAGCUGUUUGGAAGUGAUCUUUCCAUAUUUCUAGUAAACAUAAAAAUUUGGAUCAGUGAAAAACGGAUGAGCCAUAUUUAAUGUCUGAACGAGACUACAAUGCAAUUAAUAUUGAAAUAUUCUAACUUGAAAUACGAAGAUUAAUCCUUUAUAAAGAGGAUGAUUAGCUUAGCUUAAUAUUGUUGGAAAGCUGUGAGAAUGAAACAAGCUUUGAAUUAGUUUCAUAUUAUUGAAUUCUGUUUUAUUUUCAAGAAUAACGUUUUUCCACACACUAGCUUUAUAGCAAUGAAGAAAUGAAUAUAAAUUAUGAUAAUUACUAGUUCUAAGGUACACUAUGGAUUCUAAGAAAAAUAUUACUAGUUCAAUUCAAAAUACUUAUUAGUUAGUUUUACUUUCUAUUUAUUAAUUACUAAUCAAUAAUGUGAAUUAGUAUUUUUAAAGUAUUCUGUGAAUUUCUCAAAGAUAAAUAAUUGAUCAACAAAUAAUAUUGCUUUAAACUUCUAAUUCACAUAAAGAUUACUUACUUUAUUAGAUUAUUCAUUAUGAAUCACAUCACAGAUCAUUAGAUCAUUGAUUAAAAAUCACUGUAAACAAUUAUAUUAGGUCAUGAAAUGAUUAUUUUUGUGACAUAUAUCAAUUAAUAUUCCAAGAUUAAGAUUGAGCAUUCUUUUACUGAAAAUUGAGAAUUUAUUAAUUAGUUAUUUUACUUGUCAAUUAAUCUAUUGCUGGUCAAUCAUGAAAAUAAGAAUUAUUUAUUUAUUUAUUGGAUAGAGCAAACAAAUACAAUAUUAUAUGGAGUAUUUGCAUGUUUUAUUUAAAAUUACUCAAUAUCAUUCUGAUAAACCAUGAAAAUAUGAAGUAUGUGGAGUCUUUGUUUCUUAAAAAAAAAUUAAUAGAAUAGAUACCUGCGGUAAAUCAUGAAUAUGAAUUUUUCAAUUAUUUAUUUAUUAGAUAGAGCAAACAAAUGCAAUGAUAUGUGAAGUCUGUGUUUUUUUUUAAAUACUCGAUAUUAGAAUAAAUACCUGCUGGUCAAUCAUUAAUAUUUGAAUGAUUUAUUUUUCAUUUAUUGGAUAGAACAAAAUAAAAUAUUUUGUGGUGUCUUUGAAUGGUUUCACUGAAAAUUUACUCAAUACCAGAAUAAAUGCCUGCUGGUCAACCAUGAAUUAUUAUUUAUUGGAUAAAGCAAACAGAUACAAUAUUAUGUGGAUUCUUUGUAUGCUCCAUUGAAACUUUACCCAAUAUCAGAAUAAAUAAUGUCUAUAUGUCUAUUUUAAAUACUUAAUUUUUUUUAAAUACUUAUAAAAAUGAAACACUAGUGUGUGUAAAUUCAUUUAAAAUUAUGUAUCUAUUUGUUAUGUAACUUUUCCUUUAUAUGAAUGAGAGUAAUUUAUUUUGAUCUGUGAUCUGUCUGUCAUACCAGAUAAGUUUCUGUUCUAAUUACCAUAACUAUGAUAUUGAUUUUCUGUUCUAAUUACCAAAACUAUGAUAUUGAUUUUUUGUUCCAAUUACCAUAACUAUGAUAUUGAUUUUUUACUUAUUUCAAUUAUUUAUUUAUCACUGAUUAUUUUAAUUAUUUAUUUAUUCAUCACAGAUUUUUCGAAGAAAAUAAGAAUUAUACAGCGUGUACUUUCAUAUUCUCAGCAAUAAAUCAAAACCUAUCUCACAACAUCACAAGUCAUGAUAUUUCUUUAUUGAUUUAAGAUUCUAUAUCAUGUCGAACAUAAUUAUUUAGUUUCCUUAUCUAAGUAUGAAAUUAAGACCUCUUAAAUUAUUCCACAUUAUUCUAUUAAAUAGUCUUAAAGAUUAAUAUUUGAUUUGAUAUUUGAUUAUUUUAUCGUAUUAUUUUAUUUUAUUAUAUUUGUAAUUAUUAAUAUUUAAUAAUUUCAAAUUAUUAAACGUAGUCAUGAAAAAUAAACAAUCCAAUGUAUCAAUGUUAUCAAUUUAUUUCAAUAACGAUAUUACGUUUGUAACUGUGGUGCAGUUAAAUUGACUCUCAAAACAGACUUCUGUGUUAUAAACAUAAUUUUUUACUAUCAGUGUUAUAUUUUCAUUCUCCAGAAUAGGGGGUUCUAAUAAUGUGUUCCCUUGUAUAAGCUGAGCUUUCUGUUCGGUCAUGAUAAUUAUUGUUAAUUUUAUUUUUUAUUAUUUAUAAUUUGGUGAUCGAUUCUAUGAAUUAGUAUUAUUUGGAGUCAACUCGGUAUUCUCUCUGUAUUAUACAUAUUAUUUCUUUUAUAUUUGCCACAUUUCGGAGUAGAUUUUGGAAAAUACUUGUUAAAACCGAAUCAAGUGAAAGUAUCUGUCUCAGCCUGGAUUACAUUAAAACCAUUAGUAUAAUGUAUUUAUAUACAUUAUUUCUUGUAUAGAUGAUAGAAAUUAUAAAAUUGAUAGAUAUCACAUUUGUGACUAGAAUCAACUGUGCUAUAGCUACAUUUUCUACAUCUGGUCUCGAACCUGAAGAUCAUUAAAUGAACUGAUAAACCUGCUAUGAGCAAAAUGCACAAUCUCUAUCUUUGAUAGAUGUGGCUCACUCACUUCAAACGAUUUCUUAAAAUAAUAGUAAUAUUAUUAGGUGAUUCAAGUCUCUGUUAUUCAGUUCCUAUUACAUGUUGUAGUGUAUACAGUUGUACACUCUCAAUUAUUAAGGAAUACUCAAAAUAUGAAAGUGUCAGAUAGAUCAAAUAAAAGAUUAUAAUAAAUAUAUACCAUAAUAUAUUAGUGAUUCAGAUUAUAAAAUGAUGAAAGCAAUAUAGUGCAGAAGUAAUAAGUGAACUUUUAAUAAUAAUUUAUAGGCUUCCGUUAUCAUUAAGUUUGUGUAAUCCAGAUCCCUUACCUGUUUCCGUUGUUUUUUGUUUGUAAUUUUUAUUCAUAAUUUCCAAUAGAAGCUUCUGAAAUUCUCUCACGGAUAUUUCUGAUAGGCGAAAUUUUCCUUGAAUAGUAUUCUGCUUCAAUUUCCAAAUAUUUAGCCAACAGUCAAAAAUAUAAUUAUUAGCAUUUCCCUGUCAGUUUAUUCUGAUUUUAUUUCACUUCCAGUUCCAGAAUAAUUUAUUUUUGCAUAUCACUCACGUCUAAUUGAAUGCUCUAAAUAGAUCUGACAAAAUAUUUCAAGAAAAUAUAGCUAUCAGGAUUUUAAUCGUGAAGUUUUAUUAACGGAUUGUUGCUAUUUACUAAAAAAACCUAUUUACUAAAUGAAAGAAAACCGAACGUUUCAAAGAAAAUUAAUAGAUGACUUUCUUUUCGGAUUAGCAUAGAGAAUGCAGUUAAUGACAUUAUCGUGCAGUAUGUGUGAACUCAUUAUCCCCAACAUGAGUAUUCUAUUUCCGUAAAUGUUUUUGUUGAGUUGGAGUAUAUUAUGAACUGCAUGUUUAUUUUACUGUUUUCUUCCUGUCAUUAAAUACUGUUUUCUAUAACGUAGUAUGUUCUAAACUCAUUAUACUGUAUUGAUGCCUUAAUAUAGAUUACAUGCAUUUCAAUAUCGCCUUUAUCAUUCACAUUUUUCUGACUAAAACUUUUGUUGUAUUAUAAUAUAUACUUUAAAUUUUGUUGGACUAUUAAGAUUUAUCUACUCUAUCAAACUAACAUAGAAUAAAAUUGUAUAGAUCUCGAGGAAUAAGUAAAAAAGUGAUUCUGUAAAUUAGAUUGAUAUAGUUUGUUUGUUUAUAUCUGUUUCUGUAGUAGAAUUUGAUGAAAGGCACAGGUUAUAGGUGCCUUUGAAAUUGACCAUUAAAUAAUAGUAAUAAAGUAUUUCACCUUUGA